AUGAUGCGACUGAGACCUUGCUAAUAUUAGAAACGCUUUAAAAAGUAAAUGAAUUACUUGACCUUGACAUCAAACUUUAGUAGUAUAACUCUUAAAGCUUAUUUGAAAUUAAGAGGAAAUCUUCAAAGGUAAAUUGAACGCUGUUACUUCUUAGAUUAUGAUCUAGCAGCUAAUAGAAAAUGUUUUUGUACACAAAUUCCCAAUUAUGACUUAAAAAGAGUACUAGAUAGAGAUCCUGUCAAACUUAAGUAAAAAGAUACCAAUGCUUGA